AUGUCCCUUCUUCCAAAUGGCUCUGUUUACAUGUUUGAGGAAGCCAGAAACGGCUUCCCCAACAACCACCAAGAAACUUUUCAGAAUUUCUUCGAAUGCUGGCUAAAAGAACAAAAGCAGCGCCUCCAAGCUCUCAUCUCCGCUUCCGAAUCCUACAAGCAAUCCUCCGAAACCAACGAUGUCACCGGAAGAGAGUCGGCGCUCCACGAACUUAUCAACCAAGUAAUCCAUCACUACGAGCACUAUUACAACGCCAAAUCCCAUUGGGUAAAGGAGGACGUUAUAUCUAUGCUAUCACCUUCAUGGAGAACCACUCUCGAAGACGCCUUCCUCUGGAUCGGCGGUUGGCGUCCAAGCAUGGCGUUUCAUCUCCUCUAUUCCAAAUCAGGUAUCCAGCUGGAGGCCGCGCUGGCCGAGUUCCUUCGUGGACUACCAACGGCCGAUUUGGGAGAGUUUUCGCCGAAUCAACUUAUUCGAGUUGAUGAAUUGCAUUUGAGGACUGUUGGAGAAGAAAGGGAGAUAACGGAGAAGUUGGCGAGGCAACAUGAGACUGUAGCGGAUCCGUCCAUGGUGGAGCUGUCGCAUGCGGUUAGCGAGAUGAUGCGUGAUGAUGAAAGUGGGAGCUCGUCGGGAAUUGUAGAUCAGGAAAGAGUGGAUACGGUGCUCCAAAUUGAUAAACUUCCUCAGAUGGCUUAUCAGUAUCGUGUGUCAUGUCAGUUGUCCCUUGAACUGGAGCCACCUCAAGCUCCACCUGUUUCUCGGACCCCAGCAAUCAGAGUGGAUAUAAUCCAGUGUGCCCUUAGUUUUGUGAACUCCCUUACUGAACUUGCGGCGAUGUUUUUUCCCAAAAAUGCAGUGUUCACACAACUCAAGGGUGCCGAUUCACAGAUUUGGAUGCGACCGCAGCGGAACCUGUCAGCGUCUUACCUUGUAGUAUAUACAAGAGAGAAAGAGAAAGGAUUUGAGGAGAUUAUGCAGAUAGCGGAUGAAUUGAGGAUGAAGACUUUGAAAGGGGUGAUUGAGAUACUGAGUCCGAUUGAGGCGGUUCAUUUCUUGAUUGCGGCGGCGGAGCUUCAUCUCAGGAUGCAUGAUUGGGGAAAGAAGAAGGAGCUGGAGGAGGACGAGGUGCAGCCGAAUGGAGUUGAAGAGGAGGUGCAGCCUAAUGGUGUUGAAGUAGGUAGGAUCUUAAAUAAUAACUAA